UUUUCACAUGUUAUCUUUAUCUGCAUGUGUGCAGUUUGGUGAUAAAAAGUAUUAAAUACUAAAUAGAUGUUGAUAUCAACAUGCUCUUCAGAGGGGUAGGAUUCAGUUACUUUACAAUCCAGAAACGAUUCAGUUGGGGCAAAAUGUCGCUCUUCCGUGUACUUCUGUUUUCAAUCUUACCCAUGAUUGCAUUGGGUCAAAUGUUCGUCGAGUCAUAUUGGGAAUCCUGGGUACUAAAGGAUUACCCUGACGAUUAUUGCGCCCUUCUCAAAGACGUACCUGCAUCACCCAUCGGCAGCACAUUUGGCGCCAAUUAUAUUGAUAUCGCAUUUGGAGAUUAUUCCGGUGGGUUUGGAGGCGUAGAAGUCAAUGACUCGGUGAUUCGCGAGGGCAUUGAAGCUAUCCACGCCAAAGGUGGCAAAGUCAAAAUUGCCUAUGGUGGGGCUCUAUACUCCAUGCAGAUCUAUAUUCAAAACCAGAUGCAGGCCAUGGCUUUUGCGCAAUCUCUCAAGGAUGUGAAAGACAACUUUGGGAUUGAUGGCGUGGACUUUGAUGUAGAGGACGGCGGUGUGGAUGGCCAACUUCAAAUGGAAGUCAUGAAAGCCGUUCGAGCCACAUGCGGGGACGACUUUCAUAUCAGUUACACUCUGCCAUGUUUGUCGUCGCAAUUCGAACCUUGGACGAGCACGUUAGUCUUGUCCCAUCAAUAUCUGGAUGCUGUUAACGUGAUGGCUUAUGAUUACUAUUGGCCGGGUUAUAGUUUUGACCAAGAUAUUGCAGUUUUGGAAGGCCUUGGAAUCCCACGGUCUAAGAUGGUAUUCGGAUUGAUGCCUGGCCAUCAUGAUGCUGGUAACGAGUAUACGUCCCUCGAUGAGGCCCUUAAUAGCACAAGGUUUGCCAAAUCAUCUGGUUUGGCCGGCAUGAUGACUUGGGAUAUCAACCGUGAUUGUGAUCAGAGGAAAGGGUAUCCUCAAGGAGACGAUAAUCUCUUUCAGACUGGUCUACCACCGGCGACUUUCUUGAACACUAUCAGUGCUGAAAUAAAUAAUGGAAAUUAAAACGUUGUAUGAUCCCUCCAUCCAUUGUUCGCAUCAAGCUUCUAUCCAUACUUCUAUCCAUACUUCUAUCCAUUCAAGCUUACCCUGCAUUUUUUUCAUUACCGUUUUUUUCAUUUCAUUUCAGGCAUCGAAAAAUGGACCUCCAUCAAUCAUGACCCAGUUUAGACUCAGGAAUUCAACAAUUUCAUGGAAAUAUCAUUUACUAUUCUAGUUAUGUAGCUCUCUUCCAAAUAAUCUCUCUCAUUCUGCUUCAUUUUUGAAGCCUUUCCGAUUCAAUUCAAACAUGUAAUAUCAUAAUUACUACAGUUUAGUUGGUUAUUGUUAAUACAUACAGUAUCAAAUUA